AUGAAGACCAGACAAAUCCCCGCAGGUGCCGUGGCGCUCAAGCGACACUGUCAUAACGUUAUCGACGCACUUGGCUCAAGAACUCCACCGGAGGCGUUUCUUUUUCGCGGGAACGCCUACUUUGCGUUGGGGCAGCCGUUUUUUGCCAUAGCCGACUACAACACGGCAGCGCAAGUGCUGCAACUGUCAGGCAGGCAUCAGAAACAGUGUUAUGAGGCCCUGGAUUGCUUUCCAGAGUACCAGGUCGGCACGUAUCCCGCCGACAAUUCCCACCUUCAUCUUUAUGUGCAGCCGUAUAUGAAUGAGCGCUGUGAGGUGACGCAGGUGGAUGGCGUCGUGGGACGUGGCGUUGUGGCCAAAGAGAACCUUUUACGGGGAUGCGUCGUGGUGCGUGGUGCCGCCCCAUGGAUACGAUACCCAAUGGAUGAUGGUCUCUGUGCCUUUUGCGCAAGGCCUCUACCGGAACGCUUUUUCACGUGUAUAAAUCCCAACUGUCAUGAAGAGUACUGCAGUAGAGACUGUAGAACAAUGGCUCUUUCCCUUUAUCACUCUCGUUCGUGCUGCAAUGAGGGGCUUCAGGCCCUUGAGCUCGAUAUGUACACGCAGAUGAAGGCGUCGGGGACAAGUACGGAAAGGAAUGCAGCAGCCGCGCAACUUCUCAUGUUACGUGUCCUAGCUGUAUCUGUGCAGCAACAGGUGAUUCCAUCUGCUUUGAGUGAGCUACGUAUCCUUUCCGGUCGCUUGUUAUUUAGUCCCCGGGUUCUCGCUCAUUCUUUUUUAGAAAUUUACGAGCGAUUUACUCGCUUUUGCCAUACCGCCACCUCCAUUUCAUACGAAGAAAUGAUUGGUGUGUUGGCGCGUGUGACCGCAAACUGUUUUCAUCGCGACACAUGUGUUGAGUUGAACCUUUCACGCUCCAUGUUGAAUCAUUCGUGCGUGGCAAAUGCCGCAGAGGAGUUACAUUCAGGGGAGAUCAAAACAACGCGAGAUGUCGCACGAGGAGAGGAACUCACCAUCAAUUAUUACCCACAGCUGAAACACUUGUCGUUCGAGGAACGCUCAAAGGAGCUUGAGCGUCGUGGGUUUGAAUGCCACUGCUCGCAAUGUCGAAGGGAAAAAGGGGUGGAGAGGAGGGACUUGAAUGAGUAA